CCCAAUUUUCAGCACAAAAACUGGAAAAAUAUGAAAAAUCGAUUCACUUUGGUCGAUGUGAUCGCCGCGACGACGGAGCUCAAGAAGCUCGAAGGAAUGCGUGUGAACAACGUUUACGACAUCGACAAUAAGACAUAUCUCAUCAAAUUAUCCCGAACAGACGAAAAAGCCGUUAUCCUCUUCGAAUCAGGUGUCCGACUUCAUCAGACAUUUCAUGAUUGGCCAAAAUCACAGACUCCAUCGUCUUUUUCCAUGAAAUUACGGAAACAUAUCAAUCAGAAACGCCUAACCUCCAUCCGAGUAGUUGGCUUCGAUCGGCUCGUCGAGCUCACCUUCGGCACCGAAGAUCGUGAAAAUCGCCUCUACGUGGAGCUCUAUGACCGUGGAAACGUUGUGCUCACUGACCAAGAGCUCACAAUUCUCAAUAUUUUGAGAGUUCGAACCGACAAGGAUACCUCUGUCAGAUGGGCGGUACGCGAGAAAUUCACGUUUUCCGACGAUGAAAAUUCUGCUGCGAAAACUGGCGAAAAAUUGGAAAUUUCCGACGUAAAACUAGCGAUUUCCGGGAUUCCAGACGGAAAAGAAGAGCAAUUUGGACGAAUUUUGGCUCAAAUCACAAAAUGUGGAAAUCCGGUGACUAAGGAGAUUUUGGCACGAUGCCAAGUGAAAUGGGACACGAAAAUUAAGAAUUCUAGCGAAAUUUCCGAGAUUUUCGACGGAAAUUUGCACAAAUUUGAGGAAAUUCAGAAGGCUACCGAAGAUGUUUGGGAUACGGUUCUGCAUAAACCGUUGGGAUUUAUUAGCUACUCAGAAGUGCUUUCUCCAAUCUCGACUCCAAUCCAAAUCUACCAGGAUUUCAACCCAAUUUCAAUGGAAUUCACCGCUAAAUUGUCCAAAGAGCUUUCAUCGUUCUGCGAAGCGGUCGACGAGUUCUACUCGAGAAUUGAAACUCAGAAACAGGAACAAAAAGCGGUUAAUAUGGAGAAACAGGCGUUGAAAAAGCUGGAAAAUGUGGAAAAGGAUCAGAAGGAUCGGAUUGAAGCGUUGCAGCUAACCCAAUCUCAACGUGAACAAAUGGCGAAUCGUAUCAUUUUGAACACGGAACUCGUCGAAAAAGCUCUUCUACUCAUCAGAAGUGCCCUCGCCAAUCAAUUUUCAUGGCAAACGAUCGAAGAAAUGCGAAAAACAGCUGCUGGAAAUGGGGAUCCUGUCGCAAAAUCGAUUGAUUCAUUUAAAUUUGAAAAUAAUGAGUUUAUGAUGAGCCUGGCGGAUCCGUAUGAUGAUGAAGCUGAGGUUUUGAAGGUGCCAAUCGACAUCUCGCUGAACGCAUCAAAAAAUGCUCAACGCCAUUUUGUCGACAAAAAAUCGGCAGCAGAAAAAGUGAAAAAAACGGUCGCCUCAUCGGAAAAAGCCAUUAAAAAUGCCCAAGAAAAGGCGAAAUCCACUCUGGAACAAGUGAAAAUUGUCGUCGAAGUGAAAAAAUCACGAAAAUCAAUGUGGUUCGAGAAGUUUCGAUGGUUUAUCAGUUCCGAAGGAUUUAUUGUCGUUGCCGGCCGAGAUGCUCAACAGAAUGAGCUUUUGGUUAAAAAAUACCUCCGUCCCAAUGAUAUCUAUAUGCAUGCAGAUGUUCGUGGUGCCUCUUCAGUUGUCAUUCGUAAUAAGUCAUUCGACGCAGAAAUCCCGCCGAAAACCUUGACAGAGGCCGCUCAAAUGGCUGUUUGUUACUCGAAUGCGUGGGAGGCUACAGUAACCGCCAGCGCAUGGUGGGUCCACCCUGACCAAGUGUCCCGUACAGCACCUACCGGCGAAUACCUACCUUCUGGAAGCUUUAUGAUCCGAGGAAAGAAGAAUUUUAUGCCACCGAGCCAACUUGUCAUGGGACUCGGAAUUUUGUUCCGAAUGGAUGAGGAAUCUAUCGAAAGACACGUGGCACUAGAGAAAUCGAAAGCUGAAGAAAAGUCGGAGGAAGACGGGGAAAAAAUGGAAGAUUCUCCGAAAAAAACGGCGAAAAUCCCAGAAAAUCCGGCUGAAAACGAUGAAUUUCCGGAUAUCGAAGUGAAAAUUGCCCGGCCAAGUGGUGAAGAGGCCGAAGAAAUGACACUUAUCGAAGUUGGACCAAAAAAUCCCGUUAAAAACUCGCAAAAUGCUCAAAAAUUGCCGAAAAACGCGGAAAAAACCACCCAAUUGUAUUUGGAGGAGAAGCUCAAAGAGCAGCUGGGCGGUCCGAGUGCAAAAACGCAAAAACGGCGUCAGAGAAAGGAGAAGCUGGCGAAAAUGAAGUAUAAGGAUCAGACUGAUGAUGAUUUGGAGCUGCAUAAGGAGUUGCUCAAGCCUCAGGGAAAAAUUGUGGAGAAAGUUGAGGAACGGCCUGUCGAGAGGCCUGAAAAAUCCGAAAAACCAGUGAAAAUCGAGGAAUUUAAGCCGAAAAUUCAAGAAAAGCGAGAAAAUCCGGAUGAAGAAGCCGAAGAGCCCGAGGAAGACGAUAAGGAGGCGAAUUUGGAGGAGCUAUCGAUUCUUACAACACUUACGGCUCAGCCACUUGACGAGGACACACUGCUCUUUGCAGUUCCCGUCGUUGCGCCAUAUUCGGCACUCUCAACGUACAAAUAUCGCGUCAAAAUCACUCCGGGUAUCGGAAAACGUGGAAAAGCUACGAAAUCGGCGAUUGAGCUCUUUACGCGUCAACGUACGGAUCGCCAGGCGGCAUUAAUCAAAUCACUGUUAUCAGAUGACUCAGCAUCACGAAAUCUUCCAACAAAAGUCCGAAUCUCGGCACCACAGCUUCACGCUAAAUAGUUUCCUGAUUUUAAGUUUUUAUGUGGGGGAAAAAUCGAUAAUUCCCCCCAAAUUUUCUGGUAUUUAUUGUCUAAAAAAAUGGUUUUGAUUUCUAUUUUCUAUUUAUUUAUUCUUCUUUUUUUUCUCUUUUUUUCUUUAAAUUUUUGGAUUAUUUAAUGUAUUGCUUUUUCAGAAGAUAAAUUUUUCCG